AUGAACCAUACAAAUAGCUUACCACCACUACCAUCAUAUUCACCAUCCCCGGAUGUAGAAUACAAAUCACCUCCUCCACCAUCUGUCUACAAUUCACCACCACCAUCACCAUACUAUUCACCAUCCCCUAUAGAAUACAAGUCUCCUCCACCACCGUAUGUUUACAGCUCUCCACCACCACCACCAUACUAUUCACCAUCCCCUGUGAAUACAAGUCUCCUCCACCACCAUAUGUUUACAGUUCUCCACCACCACCACCAUACUAUUCACCAUCCCCAAGGUGGAGUACAAUCUCCUCCACCCCAUAUGUCUACAUUCUCCACCACCACCAUAUUACUCUCCCUCCCAAGGUUGAGUACAAAUCUCCUCCACCACCAUAUGUUUACAGUUCUCCACCACCACCACCAUACUAUUCACCAUCCCCUGUUGAGAUACAAAUCUCCUCCACCACCAUAUGUUUACAGUUCUCCACCACCACCACCAUAUUAUUCACCAUCUCCAAGGUUGACUACAAGUCUCCUCCACCACCAUAUGUCUACAGUUCUCCACCACCACCAUAUUACUCUCCCUCCCAAGGUUGAGUACAAGUCUCCUCCACCACCAUAUGUAUACAGUUCCCCACCACCACCAUACUACUCUCCAUCCCUAAUGACUACAAAUCUCCUCCACCACCAUAUGUUACAGUUCACCACCACCACCAUACUACUCUCCCUCACCUAA